AUAAAGGCGCGGGCUCCCAUUCGUGGGCUGAGGUCUGUCAGACACUGACAGAUGACUGGCCAGUCCACAGGGCUGAAGGUCACAACGGCUGUGCCUUGGAGAAAGGGUACGUGGGAAGCUUUAAGGGACCUUUUUUCCGGGAUUAGGGGUAGAACCCAAGGCUUUCGCCCUGAGCUGCGCUCUAGCCCGGGAGCUGUUUUUUCCUUGUCGAGUGGGUCGCUGGCAGCGAUGUCUACUUAGACGAGCCAGCGCAGCAGGAAGAAGUUGCAGGGCUGACGCCCGGCAAGACAAAAACGGGAUCCUGGCGAAGAAGCCCCACCCAAGAACGGCCGCAGCUCGCACGGCUUCCGGGGCGGCCUGCGGAGCUCCGCCCCUCUCGAGGAAGAGGCGGAGCUGGACGGACCUGCGAACCGUUUAUCCAAUUGGAAAGGAUGUGUCUGUGGACCAAUAGGAUGCAGAGAUCUGGCCCGCCCUCAAGCCUAUCGAGCCAAUCAGCUAGGAGCGAAGAGCGGACGUGCGGGGGCAGUCCCACCGAGUAGACUGCGCGGUAUGGCGGGCGGGGCUCGGGAGGUGCUCACGCUGCAGUUGGGACACUUUGCGGGUUUUGUGGGAGCACACUGGUGGAACCAGCAGGAUGCUGCGUUGGGCAGGACCACAGAUGCCCCGGAGCGGUCGGGAGAGCUGUGCCCCGACGUACUGUACCGAAGAGGCCGGACGCUGCACGGCCAGGAAACCUACACGCCUCGACUCAUCCUCAUGGACCUGAAGGGCAGUCUGAGCUCCCUAAAAGAGGAGGGAGGACUCUACCGGGACAGACAGCUGGAUGCUGCAAUAGCGUGGCAGGGCAAGCUCACCACACACAAAGAGGAGGAAAUCUACCCCAAGAAUCCUUAUCUCCAGGACUUUCAGAGUGCAGAGGGAGUGCUUAGCAAUGGUAUCUGGAGGAUCAAAUCCAUCCCUAAUGGCAAAGGUCCCCCACCAGUCACCAGUGUUUCAAAUCCAAAGCCACUUAUCCCCACGGUGGGCAGCAUCAGAGUCUGGUCAGACUUCCUCAGAGUCCAUCUCCAUCCCCGGAGCAUCUGUCUGAUUCAGAAAUACAACCAUGAUGGAGAGACAGGCCGACUGGAGGCUUUUGGCCAAGGAGAGAGUAUCCUGAAGGAACCCAGGUACCUGGAGGAGCUAGAGGACAGGCUGCACUUCUACGUGGAAGAAUGUGACUACCUGCAGGGUUUCCAGAUUCUGUGUGACCUGCACGAUGGCUUUUCUGGGGUAGGCACCAAGGUUGCAGAGCUGCUACAAGACGAGUAUUCGGGGCGGGGAAUAAUAACCUGGGGCCUGCUGCCGGGCCCCUAUAGUGUUGGGGAACCACAGAAAAACAUCUAUCGUCUGUUAAAUACAGCAUUUGGUCUGGUGCACCUGACUGCUUCCAGCUCUUUUGUCUGCCCCUUAUCCUUGAGUGGGAGCCUGGGCCUUCGACCUCAACCACCUGUGAAUUUCCCUUACCUGCACUAUGACGCCACCCUGCCCUUUCACUGCAGUGCUAUCUUGGCCACAGCCCUGGACACAGUCACUGCUCCUUACCGCCUCCGCUCCUCUCCAGUUUCCAUGGUUCGGCUGGCGGAUAUGUUGAGCUGCUCUGGGAAGAAGGUGGUGACAGCUGAAGCAAUCAUCCCCUUCCCCUGGGUUCCAGGCCAGUCCCUUCCUGAUACCCUGGUACAGCUUGGAGGAAGCACGCCAUGGACCUCACUGUCUGCAUGUGGGGACCCCUCUGGAACACGCUGCUUUGCCCAGUCAGUGGUGCUGAGAGGUGUAGACAAAGCAAGUCAUACUAGUUGGCUCCCCCCAGGGACAGCUCUGCCUUCCCCGCUCCAUGCGUGCCCCACUGGGGAAGAAGUCUUGGCCCAGUAUUUACAAGAGCAGCAGCCCAGAGUCAUAAGUUCUUCCCAUCUGCUGCUGGCUCCCUGCAGAGUGGCCCCUCCUUACCCCCACUUCUUCUCCUCAAGCUUCGGCCAGCAGGGUGUGGUCCCUAGCUGUCCCCUCAGGAGCGAAGCCGGGCAGAGCAUCCCAGUGUUUGGGGCCCUACGUUCCUCUUCAUCCUUGCACCAGACCCUGAGAAGCUUGGCCAAGGAGCUCACACAACUCGACCUGCGGCGCUGGGCCAGCUUCUUGGAGGCUGGGGUGGAACAGGAUGAUGUAGAAGAGUUGUUACAGGAGCUGCACAGCCUGGCCCAGUGCUACCGGGCGAGCGACAGCCUCACAGACUGAAGCUCCCAGGGUGGGGACUUUCAUUUGCAAUAAAAACUGAUGGCUGUA